ACUCCACGGUUGCUGUGGGACGCAGUGUCUUCUCCUCUGUGACCAGCUGGGAACCGGCAUCAUGAAGUGGAUGGUAGUGGCCUUGCUCUGCCUGCCGCUCUUGGAGGCAACGAAGCUCAAGAUCCCCCUGAAGAAGUUCAAGUCCAUCCGUGAGACCAUGAGGGACAAGGGCUUGCUGGGAGACUUCCUGAAGACCCACAAGCAGGACCACAUCCGGAAGUUGAGCAACAACUUUGACCACUUCAGCGUGCUGUUUGAGCCCAUGUCCUACCUGGACGCUGCCUACUUUGGUGAGAUCAGCCUCGGGACCCCACCCCAGAGCUUCCAGGUCCUGUUUGACACUGGCUCCUCCAACCUGUGGGUGCCAUCUGUCUACUGCCAGAGCCUGGCCUGCACCACUCACCCCCGCUUCAACCCCAGCAAGUCCUCCACCUACACCUCCACUGGACAGUCCUUCUCCCUGCAGUAUGGCAGCGGCAGCCUCACAGGCGUCUUUGGCUACGACACCAUGACUAUCCAAGGAACCCAGGUACCCAAGCAGGAGUUUGGCCUCAGUGAGCAAGAGCCAGGCACCACCUUUGUCUACGCCCAGUUCGAUGGCAUCAUGGGCCUGGGCUACCCCGGCCUGGCCGCGGGGGGCGCCACCACUGCUCUGCAGGGCCUGAUCCGGGAAGGCGCCCUCUCCCAACCCCUCUUCAGCGUCUACCUGGGCAGCCAGCAGGGCUCUUCGGACGGGGGCGCACUCAUCCUGGGCGGUGUGGACGAAAGCCUGUACAACGGGCAGAUUUCCUGGACGCCGGUCACUCAGGAACUCUACUGGCAGAUCGGCAUUGAAGAUGUGCAGCUUGAUAACCAGGCCUUGGGCUGGUGCUCCCAGGGGUGCCAGGGCAUUGUGGACACUGGCACCUCCCUGCUCACCUUGCCCCAGCAGUACCUGACCACCCUGAUACAGGCCAUAGGGGCCCAGGAGAAUGAGUUCGGAGAGUAUGUAGUGGACUGUAACAGCAUCCAGAGCCUCCCCACUCUGACUGUCAUCCUCAGUGGCGUGAAGUUUCCUCUGCUGCCCUCGGCCUACAUCCUCCAAGAGGACCAGUACUGCAUGGUGGGGCUCUCCGCCACCUACCUGUACUCGGAGAGCAGCCAGCCCCUCUGGAUCCUCGGGGAUGUCUUCCUGAGGUCCUACUACUCCGUCUUUGACUUGGGCAACAACAGGGUGGGCUUUGCCCCUGCCAUCUAGAUGAGCCACCUGCACCCUGGACCCCUUCCUCCUUGGGCCCCUAGCUUGUUCGGAGUUCUCUGUGCUUCCCUUCCUGGGUCCAGUCCCCCUUUUCUGGAUCCUGGAGUUUCUCUGAUAAUAAAUAGUUUUCCACGUUG